AUGGCUGUAACGGCAAGCAGUCGGUUGCUGCUGGGUCAGGUUCGGACCCCAGCAGGGCAGUUGUUCUCCAGGUGCUUCUAUAGCGAGGAGGGCUCGGGCCACCUGUGGAGGAUGCAGACCUUCUUUGUCAUGCUCCCCAGGGUGGCAGUCAGCAUGCUGAAUGCCUACUUGAAGUUGUGGGAGCAUCAUGAAUGGCCCCACUUUGUCCCUUACCCGCUCCUCCACAGCCGGACCAAGACCUUCCCAUGGGGAGAUGGAAACCAUACUCAUGACCAUCAUAUCAAUCCUCUCCCAACUGGUUAUAAGGAGGGAGCAAAGAAAACUUGGACCAUACUAAUCAAGCACUGGGGGUACACAGCUGCUGAUAGACCAUCCUUUUCUCUAUAA